UCCUCCCACGCCUAGCCUCUGUCAUGAUUCAGACUCCUCUCCGCUUCCGGCCAGGCCCGGACACCUUUGCUUUCUACACCAGCCCCUUCCGGUGUGGGAGGGCACUGGGCUCUCUAGCUUCCGGUGGGCUCCGCUCCGCGGAAACCAUGGCACGCAAAAAGGUGAGGCCGCGGCUGAUCGCCGAACUCGCCCGCCGAGUUCGCGCCCUGCGCGAGCAGCGGGAAAAGCCAAGCGAUUCGCAGCGCUACGCCCUAGACUACGAGACUCUGACACGACCUUACACCGGCCACCGGCUCCCAGUGCGUGCCUGGGUCGACGUGCGCCGCGAGAGCCGCCUCUUGCAGUUGCUUAGCCGCCUGCCGCGCUUCGGCCUGGGCCGGCUGGUCACACGCAAGUCCUGGCUGUGGCAACACGACGAACCGUGCUACUGGCGACUCACACGCGUACUGCCGGACUACACGGCGCAGAAUUUGGAUCACGGGAAGGCCUGGGGCGUCCUGACCUUCAAAGGGAAGACGGAGAGUGAGGCCAGGGAGAUAGAGCAUGUUAUGCACCACGACUGGCGGGUGGUGCCAAAGCACGAGGAAGAGGCCUUUACAGCAUUCACGCCAGGACCCGAAGAGGAUCUGCGCCCUGUUCCCUAUCCGCCACUGCUCCGUGCUAUGAUCCUCGCGGAACGGCAGAAAAGUGGGAAUCCCAGCACAGAGGAACCUCUGCUGAACCUAGAAAGGACGCUCGCGGAUCCUUGGGACUACCCUGAGAAACUGGAGGCCAAGCGCAAGACCAAGGGCACUCCAGUCUAACGUGCGGGGACCAGGAUGGACUCUGAAGACCCUGCUUUUUUUUUUUUUUUUUUUGGCGGAACCGGGGAAUGAACUCAGGCCCUUGCGCUUGCCAGGCAAGCUCUUAUUUUACUGAGCCAUCUCCCUGGACCAAGACCCAACUUUUGAACGUGGAACAUUUGGGAGAUCCUGGCGCCUUGAUACAAAGACCUGAGCACAGGCCCCCGCGGGUGGGCUGCAAGGCGUAGCGAGCUGGCGGCAGUCAAACCCUUCUCUGCUCCUGAGGCCGGAAAUAAACGCUCCAUGUGGUC